AUGUCUUCGGAUGAGACAGAUGAGGUGCUACCAAAAGAAGAUGAAAUUUUGAAAACAAAAAAGGACAAAUAUAAAGUUGGCGCUUUAUUAGGCAAAGGUGGCUAUGGUGCGGUAUUUCUGGUGUGUCGAAUCAGCGACAACGAGAAGCUCGCGAUCAAAUGCGAAAAAUCGAAUGCGAUCAAGAAGGUGCUGCUGAUGGACUGCAAUGUGAUGCGAGGCGCCUCGCAGAUCAAAUCCAAACACUUCUGUUCGGUGAUCGAUCGCGCCGCAGUCAAAGAUCGCUUCAAUUUCAUCGUCAUGACACUGAUCGGAAAGAAUUUGUGGGAUUUGCGACAAGAUCGCCCGGAUGGUCGAUUCUCGUUAGGCACGUCGAUCAAGGCAGCGAAUCAGUGUCUAGUAGCCAUUGAGCAACUUCAUCGGUUCGGUUUUCUUCACCGCGACAUCAAGCCUGGAAACUUUGCUGCCGGUAGGAAGGAAACUAAUGAGCACCACAUCAUCUUCAUGCUCGACUUUGGACUUUGUCGCGAGUUUGUGAAACGUGCUGAAGGAAAAGAUAUUCGGACUCCGAGAGCUACAGCACCUUUUCGCGGAACAACUCGCUAUGCGCCUUUAAGUGCAAUGAAUCAGGUAGAUCAAGCGAGAAAAGAUGAUUUGGAGGGUUGGCUUUAUAUGGUCGUCGAAUGGACUUCUGGAGGGCUUCCAUGGCGAAAAUUGAAGGCGACAGAUCGCGAGAAGGUGCUUCAACACAAAAUCGAAGUUCGGACUAAAACCGACGCCCUCGAUGACUUCUUCUACAAUUGCCCGAAAAAGGAGUUUAAUCGGAUAUUGAAAUAUAUUGAUAGUUUGGGAUAUUAUGCGGUUCCCGACUAUCAGUUUAUUUAUUAUUGUAUGCAGCAUGCAGCGAGCGCAAACAAUAUCAAAGAUUCGGAUCCAAUUGAUUGGGACCCUGAUCAUCCUUAUAUGGGCCCAAUUGAGGUGCCGGGGGAUGGAAAAGUGAUUGAUUUGGAGGUGGAAAGGGAUGAGCAUGCGAAAGACGAGUCAUUGAAUAACUCAAAAACAAAAGAGAAAAGUACAAUGAAGAAGCCGAAAAAGUGA